CCAAGAGCAAUGUCAGUAGUUCAGUAUAGUCAAGACUAGACGAUAAAUAAGUUGUUAAGAACAUUAAGGAAGCCAACCAAAUACCAAUGGUUAUAUAAGAUUAACUUGCACAACCAGGUUUUGAUCACAAAAGAAAGAAAAGAGUUUAUCAAUUUGGCUACUGCAUCUUCUCUUUUUCUUUUGAGGGAGCCAAAUGGCAACGGCCGCUCGUAGAGACAGAAUCCAACAAGUUCACGAAUGUGGAAUUGCAAUUGCCAUCCUGGUCGGAAUUGUUAUCGGGUGCGUCUGCACUAUCUUGUUACCAAACGAUUUCUUCAACUCUGGAUCAUCGAAGUCUGGAUUGGCUUCAUGUGGAUCAGAAUUUGCAGUUAUCUCUGAAAAGAAUGCCGAGUUAAGGAAGCAGGUCAGAGAGUUAACAGAAAAGGUACGGUUGGCGGAACAAUUAACAGAGAUCAAGGCUGGACCUUUCGGCACUGUCACGGGUGUGAGAACUAAUCCAACUGUGGUUCCGGAUGAGUCUGUUAACCCCAGAUUAGCUAAGCUUUUAGAGAAAGUAGCUGUAAACAAAGAAGUCAUUGUAGUUAUUGCAAAUUCACAUAUGAAACCAAUGUUGGAGGUGCAGAUUGCUAGCGUAAAGAGAGUUGGUAUUCAAAACUAUAUGGUUGUCCCGUUGGAUGAUUCUAUAGAAGGCGUCUGCAAAUUGAAUGAAGUUGCAUAUUACAAGAGAGAUCCAGAUAAAGAGGUGGAUGAGGCUGGGAAAAGUGGAAGUGGUCCGGUCGUAUCUGGACUGAAAUUCCUCGUCUUACGGGAUUUUUUGCAGCUUGGUUAUGGUGUUAUUCUAUCAGAUGUCGACAUUGUAUUCUUGCAAAACCCUUUUCAUCAUCUGUACAGAGACUCAGAUGUGGAGUGCAUGAGCGAUGGCCAUGACAAUAACACGGCUUAUGGCUUCAACGAGUUGUUUGAUGACCCAUCCAUGACCCGGUCUCGAAUUGUCUUCACAAAUAGGAUAUGGGUUUUUAAUUCCGGGUUUUUCUAUCUAAGACCAACGCUUCCUUCAAUCGAGCUACUAGAUCGCGUGAGAGAUACACUCUAUAAAUCAGGGGGAUGGGACCAAGCAAUUUUCAAUGAGCAUCUCUUUUACCCUUCGCAUCCCGGAUACAUUGGCUUAGACGCUUCCAAGAGAGUCAUGGAUAUAUACGAGUUCAUGAACAGUAGGGUCCUCUUCAAAACGGUGAGAAAGAAUGAGGAACUGAAGAAGUUGAAGCCGGUGAUUGUUCAUAUGAAUUACCAUGGAGAUAAACUCGAACGAAUGCAAGCUGCAGUGGAGUUCUACGUUAAUGGCAAGCAAGAUGCGCUUGACAGCUUCCCAGAUGGUACUGCUAGGUAAGCAAGAUAUCUGAUAGAGAGGUUCUGAUAGAGAGGUUACUGAACCACUUGACUUCGAAAGAUUUAAAAAUAACUUCUUUAUUUCUGUGUCAACAUGUUAUGUGUAUUUGACUUUUAUGAAGGACAACCUCAGCAGCGAAAGAUUUAAUUA